AUGGCGGCAUUCAUCGAAUCGGGAUGGGAGGUACAUUUCCCCGGCAUCCCAGCGGAGCUCUCUCCAUUUAUCGUCUUCUCCCUGUUUCCUAUGCUUUCCCUUUGAUCGUCGGCGAGGCCUUUCAUCGAUCCGUCGGUUUUGCGUCUCCCGUCGAGACCAGCUCGCGGGGGUGUUCGUGGGGACGGGGAGACGUGUCCCAGAUGCCAUAUUGCGGACGAGGAAUCUUCAAUCCAGAGUUCUUAACAGCUAUUAGUCUGUCUUCCUUAAUAUAUUAAAGUCUGCUCAUAGGGAUUUGGUCACCGUUCUCCCCCCCUCCUCUUUCCAUAUAGGCUCCUGGUUUUCGUGUCUGGCUAGGUUUCUCCGUUUUGGGGGCGCGGAAAAUUUCCGAUCAUUUCACUAAAAUCUUGCGAUCGCAUUCGUGAACAUAUUGCCCUAUUAUGCUAUGCGAGCCCGACUCUUGUGGAAAAUUCUCACGAAGCGUGGAGCUCCUGUCGCGUUUUAAACGCAUUGGAGGAAAUGGCCCGUUGGAUGUCUAGGUUAAAUGGUUUAUACCGUAAGAUCAAUCGAUUCCAUGGGAACGAAUGGGCCAAUGAGUUCUGGGAAGCGCAGUACAUCCCCCAGUACUUCGGAGAUGAUUCCCUUGGACUUCACCGCUUUGUUCUCAAAGGACACCUGAAGAUUAAUGAGAGCCCGAGGUUUUCUGCUUAAAAUCUAGUGCUUCGUUGUGAGAAGAAAUCGUUAGUUUUUCUUUGGGGAGGAAUGAAUCGUCGAUUAUUUGCAUGGCCUCUGGGUCGUAGUUUUCAAGCUUGAAAGGGAGAGUAAGUUGCUGGCAUUGUCUUAAUAGCAAUGGGCGGAAGCACUUUACGAACUCUGAGGAAGGAUUUCGAACGAUUCCCAUGCGUUGGGCAUGCUCUUUAUGAACUCUGUGAUCGUCUACGUAGUUAUUUGCAGUUUUUCAUCCACUCUGGUGCUGUAAUUGUCACCACCUUAUGGGUUAACUUCACCUGCUGCUCUUCUUUUAACAGGUUAUUUAUUCUCGAAUGAUUGUUUUGCCUGUUUUUGCAGUAUCUGAUCACCCAUUUCAGCGAAUUUCAACUAGCUUCUGUGGGCACUUUCCUCCUCCAUGAAAGUGUGUUCUUCCUGUCUGGGCUCCCAUUUAUGGUACUCGAAAGGGCAGGGUUCUUUAGCAAAUAUAAAAUCCAGGUUGGGCAGUCUCCUCUUUUCUUUAUGACAGUAGAAUAGGGGGAUCGGUCAUUAAUCUCGUCUCUAUCACCUAAUCGUAAUUUCUAUUAAAUUAUCGGGUGCAUAUUAUUCCGUUUUUUUGCAACAGAGUUCUCUGCCGGAAGAUGAAUGAUGUAAAUUUUGCUGUCGGAUACCUUUCCAGUCAAAUUUCCUUCGUGAGCUUUGAAGCUCGUUCAAUUUUAGCUGCGUCCACACGCAUAAAAGCUAAGACUAAUGCAAGAAAAAGGCCGAAUAUGUGCAUAUUUCCGUUGGUCAAACUUUGUAUGACAGGCACUUUCUCGGAGCCUUUUAUUUUUUUUUCAUUGGAGGUAGUUAUGGACAUAGCAUUAUCAGCGAGCUGCACGCCUCGAACCUUUCACACUGUCUCUAGUUUGUAUCAAGUGUUCAUCGGACAUCCUGUUUGGAUGGGAUGGCAGACAUUUAGCUGCAAUCAAGCUUCUUCGUGUAGCUCCUGGCCUUUUCCUUCUCCAUAAUUUAAUCGUGAAAGACGGCCUGCACGCCUGCCCAAGCUCUUCUCCACUCCUGGUUUUAAUACAGAAAGAGAGAUUUUUUCUUCCACCCCUGGUGGGCCAUCUUAAUAUCAUCCCUCAGAUGACGCCUGAGAUUCUCUUUUUUUUUUUUUUUUUUUUGGUUUUCCUAGAGGAUAAGCCUGUCAGAAGAAUCUCACGUUGGAAGUUAAGGGACGACAGAAAUCAUGUUGUCGAGAUCUAUAGAUGAGACUUUCUGUGCUUAUCCCCAGCUCAUGGGCACCUGGUCAAUUUCCCAGUGGGCUGUGAGAUGGUGUCUACUCGCCAUCAUGCUCAUCAUCCCUGCCUCAUCGUCCGGCAGCAUGCAUGCAUGCAUGCAUGCUUACCUACCUUCGUGCGUAUGCAUAUAAAAAACGAUUGCAUCAAGCGGCAGCGGCACAUAUAAUUUCUUUUCGAUUACCGACGUGGUUGUUGUUGUUGUUGUUGGUUUUUUGUUCAUGCCGAUACUGUUUGUUUGUUUGUUUGUUUGUUUGCAGAGCAAGAGUAACACUUUCGACGCCCAGGGAAGGUGCGUCCUGCGCCUCAUGUUCUACCAUAUUUGCGUCAAUCUGCCGGUGAUGCUCGCCUCCUAUCCCGUCUUCAAGCGCAUGGGCCUGAGGACCACCCUCCCCUUGCCGCCCUGGUAUCGUCAUCCCCAUCCCGCGCUUGAUUGGUUAGAAACGUCUUCUUGGCCUCCAGCCGAAGAAGGUCUCAUCGGUUUCUAUCGGCGGAUCCAACAUGCGGUGGCUGAGCUGAUGCUUUCUAUCGAGCGUUGACUCAUUUUUGCAGGGACGUCGUCCUCACCCAGAUCCUCUUCUACUUCAUCCUCGAGGACUUUCUGUUCUACUGGGGCCAUCGCGUCCUGCACACCAAGUGGCUGUACAAGCACGUCCACAGCGUUCAUCACGAGUAAAUCUCGCUCCGCCCGUACCACCCCCCGCCCGAUGCACUCCUCCUUUCUCCGCCGCCCCUCCCCCGCUUUGGUCAACUGUGCGGGCUGCGUGUGUAUUCUAUGGCAGGUACGCUACGCCGUUUGGAUUGACCUCCGAGUACGCCCACCCCGCUGAGAUACUGUUUCUGGGCUUUGCCACCAUCCUGGGGCCCGCUCUCACCGGCCCUCACCUCUUCACGCUGUGGCUGUGGAUGGUUCUGAGGGUCCUCGAGACCGUCGAGGCCCACUGCGGCUACCAGUUCCCUUGGAGCCUCUCGCACUAUAUACCUCUGUACGGGGGGUAAGUUUCUCUCUCUUCUUCCGGUUGACUUCUCCCUUUCUGGCGAAUGCUUCUUGGUGGCGGGGGGCUCAGCUUCGCUGCUGCUUCCUCUGUCAACGCAGCUCUCACUUCCACGACUACCAUCAUCGGGUGCUCUACACCAAGUCCGGGAAUUAUUCUUCGACCUUCACCUACAUGGACUGGUAAGCCAAGGGCAUCCCCUCUCGAUCUUCCCCACCUUUCGGUGCGUUGACCCUUGAGAAAGGCCGGCGGCCCUCUGUUUCACGUGCCUUUCACCGCCAUCUCCGCGUUGACCCAUGCUCGCCUAGCUCCGUCUUUUCUUAUGGCAGCUCAUCAGUUUCCUGGGAUAGUUGGCGAAGUAAUACAUCUGUAUAUUUAUAUAUGUAUCGAUCUAUAUUUUAAAAAUAUCAUCAUAGACAAUAAAAUAAACUCCUGAUGGACGGUUUCUUUUCUCCAGGUUGUACGGAACAGACAAGGGCUACUGGAAGGUGAAGGCCCUCGAGGGCGAUGCGAAGCAGAGCUGA